AUGGACGAUGAAAAUCAUGAUGGAUCCAUCCAGCUGAACCCGGUAGCCCGCCGGUCGGUUGGCCCGCACGACGGCCUACCGACCACACGUGCUGCCCAGCACGAGAAGGAGCCCGAGCAGGAGCAGGAGCCCGAGCAGGAGGAUAAUAUCAAGGACGAUACGACAACUACCACCUGCCUCUCCCGCAAGCGACGCUUCGUCCUGGAAAAACACGAACUGUGGCGCUGCCGAGACUCUGGCCGCCCGCCCCCUGCGUCCCGGCUCCCCUGUGUCGGUGCCCACCACGUUCCUACCGGCUUCGAGCUUGCCUCGAGCUUUGCUUUUCGCUUGCCUUUACCCUUCCUGCACGGCCGGCCUCGAAGACGCCGGUGGCCUGGCCAGAUAUCACGUCCGUCUGCCAUUCCCAACCGGCAUUUUUUUGCCUUGCCUCCCUCGACCGACUUGCACGAAAGAAUGGCCGACCUUGGUCCGCCGUGCUCGACGGCCGUCGAGGACGUCUUUGGCCCUACCGUCGCGAGCUCCUGUCUCGGCGGAUUCGACUUUACCCUCCUCUUCGAGGAGAGCAUCUUGACCCUCCCGGCCUUGGGCAUUGCGCUCGCCUGGUCCUUGCUCCGCUUCCGAGAUCUCUUUCGCGAACCGGCCAAGGUUCGCGCGUCAUGGCUCCUCCCCCUGAAGCUCGCCCUCUACGUCAUCUACGUCAUUCUUCAAGUCGUCUUGCUCGCGUUAUGGAUCGCUCGUGGCGUCACCAGCACCCGUCUCACCGUCGCCUGCGUCGCCUUGACCAUCGCCGGCUUCGUCGUCCUCGCCGGUCUCUCCAGCCUGGAACAUGCUCGCUCCGUCCGUCCAUCGACUCUUCUCACCCUCUACCUGGGCAUCUCGCUGCUCCUCGACAUGGCCCGCACCCGCACCCUCUUCCACAUCGCCGGCGGUGAAACCGUGUCCGGCAUAUUCCUCACCGCCUUCAUCAUCAAGCUCUUCCUCUUCGCCGCCGAGGUCACCGAGAAGCGGAGUAUGCUUCGCGAAAAGUGGCAAAACGCGUCGCCCGAAGACACGGGCGGCAUCGCCAACAGGUCCCUCUUCCUCUGGUUGAACUACAUCUUCGUCAAGGGCUAUCGCACCCUCCUCACCGUCGAUGUCCUCACCCCUCUCGAUGCCGAAAUCCUCGAGGCCUCGGAUGCCACCGUCCUCAGCGAACGCUGGGAGAAGACCGAAAAGACGAGCGACCAUACCUUGAUCCUGACCUACCUGAAGCAUUACAAGUGGCCCAUCUUGGCCGGCGUCUUGCCGCGACUCGCCUACACCGGCUUCAGCUUCUCGCAGCCCUUCCUCAUCGAACGCGUCCUCGACUUCACCGCCGAGGAGCCAAACGAGAACAAGACGAAAAUCGCCUGCUCUUUGGUCGGAGCCUAUGCCAUUUCUUACAUCGGUCUUUCCGUGAGCCCUCCCAUCUCCCCCGAUUCCUCCUCCCACCUCUCCCAGCACAAGACCUACAGGCUGCUCACCCUCUACCGUGGAAGCUUGAUCACCAUGAUAUUCGAAAAGACGCUCCGUAUCGACUCCGAGGCCGAGGAAAAUGCCGAAGCCAUCACCCUCAUGAGCGCCGACAUCGAUCGUAUCGGCUCCUGCAUGUCCAUGAUACACGAGCUGUACUGCGGCUUCUUGGAGGCCGGCAUCGCCCUGUGGCUUCUCUAUCGCUAUCUGGGCGUUGCCGUCGUCGCACCCAUCAUCUGGAUCAUCAGUGCGAUCCCCCUUCCUCGCUCUCGUCGGCCCUUCCGUCCGCCUGCUUACCCCGUCCCAGUCUGCCUCUUCCUCGGUAUGCCCAUCGCCAAGGCUGCCGGAAACGCCCAGACGCCUUGGUUGGAGGCGAUCGAGGUGCGACUCUCGGCCACGGCUAAGGCGCUCGGUUCCAUGAAAGCCAUCAAGAUGACGGGCCUCGCCGAUAUCGUCUCCACCAAGAUCGCCGAUCUUCGACUGUCCGAGAUUCGUGCCUCCCUCCGCCAUCGUGUCCUCGACAUUGGUGUCUUCGUCACGUACUUUUCCUCGUCGGCUCUGGCGCCCGUCUUUGGAUUCGCCACCUACAGCAUUCUCGCCCGGGCCAACGACUCGGAGCCUCUGACCGAGGGAACCGCCUUCGCUGCCCUGAGCGUCUUUGAGCUGCUCAACCAGCCCAUGAUGUUUGCCAUCGACGGCUACGAGCACCUGCAGACCGUCAUCAACUCGUUCCGGAGAAUCCAAGAGUACCUCCUGUCCAAGGAGCGAGACGACUACCGAAUCAUCGGCUCGAGCUCUUCCACCUCGUCGAGCAUCAUGCUCGAGAAGGACUUGGACGAGAAGAGUCCUGCCGUCACGGCCGUCGCCUCCUCCGUCGACGCCUCCGAGUUUGUCGUCUCCGUCAAGGACGGCUCGACAGGGUACGAAGAAGAAGGCACGCCCAUCCUCAAGGACCUCAAUCUGCAGAUCCCCCACGACCAGAUGACCGUCAUCUUCGGCCCCGUCGGCUCCGGCAAAUCGACUCUCCUCAAGUACAUCCUCGGCGAGAUGCCCCACGUCUCCGGUUCCAUCAGCACCUCCUUCACCAAGGCAGCCUACACGCCUCAGCGACCUUGGUCCACCUGGGGUACCGUUCAGAGCAACAUCGUCGGCAUGUCUCCGUGGGACAAGAAGUGGUACGACACCGUCAUCGCCGCCUGCGCCCUCCUCGCCGAUCUCGACGAGCUGCCCGACGGCGACCAGACCCAUACCGGCACCCAGGGCUCUCGACUCAGCGGUGGCCAGCAGAUGCGUGUGUCGUUGGCCCGCGCCUUGUACUCUAGAAACUCCGUCAUGGUGUUCGACGACGUCCUGAGCGGCCUGGACAGGGCCACCGAGAGGCACAUUCUCGAUGCCGUUUUCAGCCCCGGCGGCUUGAUUCAGCAGAUCAACGCCACCGUCAUCAUGGCCACCAACUCUGCGAACCACCUGAACUUUGCCGACCACCUCGUCUUCCUCAACGCCGACGGCGAGGUCGUCAAGCAGGGGCCCCGCGCCGUCGUUGCCAUGGAUGACGAAGAUAUCGAGAAGCUGGCCAGCCAGCCUCAGACCCGGACGGUGAGGGAGGAGCCGGAACUGUCCGAGGAGGUGCAGGAAGCCUUGCAGGAAAUCGAGCUUCUCGAAAACCCCGUGGAGGAACCUGGCAUCGUCCGAAAUGCCGGCGACAUGAGGAUUUACGCUUACUACGCCAAGAACGCAGGUUGGGGAUUGAUCUCGUUGUAUCUCGCCGCCUGCGCGACCUUUGUCUUCGGCGUCACCUUUCCCUCUAUCUGGCUGCAAUGGUGGACAAACUCGAAUGCGCAGCAUCCGAAUGAGCGCCUCGGCUACUGGCUCGGCGUCUUCGCCGCCCUCGCCGGCCUGACCAUCCUCGGUUGUGCGCUCGCCGAUUGUGCCUCGACUUCGUUCCUGACGUCGACCAACGCCGGCACGACCGUCAACAGGUUCAGUCAGGAUCUGGAGCUCAUCGACAACGACUUGCCGCAGGCCAUCGACCAGACCAUCUUCCAGUUCAUGUCCGCCAUCGUCGCCCUCGUCUUCGUCUUCAUGGGCUCCGGCUACGUCUCGGCGGCCAUCCCGCUGUGCAUUCUCUGUCUCGUCGUGGUCCAAUUCUACUACCUGCGGACGUCCCGGCAGCUGCGACUCCUCGACAUCGAGGCCAAGGCGCCGCUCUUUUCGCAGUUCCUCGAGACGGUGAACGGCGUCGCCUGCAUUCGGGCCUACGGCUGGUCCCACAGCUACCUCGAGAGGAACACGCGGGCGCUCAACAUUUCGCAGAAGCCGUACUACCUGAUGUGGUGCAUCCAACGUUGGCUCACGCUCGUGCUGGAUCUCUUCAACGCCGGCGUCGCCAUCCUGCUCGUCGGCAUCGCCACCAACAUCCAGUCGGGGAACACGGCCUUCCUCGGCGUCGCCCUGUACAACCUUGUCACCUUCUCGUCGGGCCUGCAGACCCUCGUCACCGAGUGGACCCAGGUCGAGACGGCCCUCGGCGCCAUCAGCCGCAUCCGGAGCUUCGUGAUGAACGUCAAGGACGAGAACCUGCCUCACGAGGACGGCGAGGUCGAUGAGAGCUGGCCGGAGAAGGGCGCCAUCGCGAUAUCGGGCAUCUCGGCGUCGUACGACUCCUCGGAGGAGCCUGUGCUCAAGGAGAUUAGCUUCGACAUCAAGGCGGGCGAGAAGGUGGCCAUCUGCGGCCGAACAGGAAGGCGAUCAUCUCUCGUAUCGACGCUUCUGCGCAUGCUGGACGUCGACUCGGGCAAGAUAUGCAUCGACGGCGUCGACAUCAGCACGAUCCCGCGCCAGGUCGUUCGCGCACGGCUGAACACGCUGCCGCAGGAACCGUUCUUCCUGCACGGCAGCGUGCGCGAAAACCUCGACUUUGCCGAGACGGCCAGCGACGAGCGCAUCGAGGAGGUGCUGCGCACCGUCGGCCUCUGGGAGAUUAUCGAGUCCCGCGGCGGGCUCGACGAGGACCUCGACGACACCCUGUCGCAAGGGCAGCGGCAGCUGUUCUGCCUCGCGCGCGCCAUGAUCAAGCCCGGAAACAUCCUCAUCAUGGACGAGGCGACGAGCAGCGUCGACAGCGAGACGGACGAGCUCAUGCAGCGCGUGGUCCGCGACGAGUUCAAGGGGCGCACCCUCCUGGCCAUUGCCCACAAGCUUCAGACGGUGCUCGACUUUGACCGCAUCGUCCUGCUCGACAAGGGACGCAUCGUCGAGAUGGGAAAUCCGCAGGAGCUUCUCAAGCAGGAGGGUUCGGCCUUCCGUACGCUGUACGAGAGUCUGGAUCACGAGGGUGAUCGGGAGGACGAGAGCGAGUAG